AUGGCGGGCGGGGGGGGGGCCCCGCCGGGGGGCGGCGGCGGGAGGAGGGGGGCGGCCCCGAUCCGUCCUGGCGGGGGCAGGAAGGGGCGGGCGGGGGGGGGGCGGGCUGCAGCCUCUCCCCCUGGCCUCGGGCCUGCAGCUGCCGCAGCGGGGCGGGGCGGGGGGCGAGGAGGGGCGGCAGCAGCCCCUGCGGAGCGAGAGCAGCAGCGAGAGCAGCAGCAGCAGCAGCAGCCCCUUCGCCUCCGCCUCCGCCGCCUCCUGCUGCUGCUGCUGCCCGCCCCGACAGAGGCAGGAGGAGGGGCGGCGGCGGCGCCUCCUCCUGCCCACCGGCUUCCCUCCGCCAGUCCUCCCAGCGCCGCUCGCGCAAAGGGCGCCGGGAGUUGUAGUCCGCGCUCCUCCCUCCCCGGGCGCGAGAGGGGGCUGGCCCCGAGUCCCCCCGCAAGGAUCGCCAGGUCUCCCGGCUCCGGGUCCCGCACUCUCACCGCUGCGCCAGGCGGGCCGGGAGGGAUUUGUGGGGCGCGAACUGCAGUGGGGGGGGAAGCUGCCAUAGGCGGAGUCGGGCUCGCUCAGGAAUGUCUACCCAGGCUGGCAGCGGCUUCUCCCAGGUGGCAGGCAGGAGGCUCUUUCUCAGCCCGCCCUGCAGAAACAAUCCCCAGAUAUUUUAAAAAAGGAAGGAAAUGUGGAGCGCAACGAGCAGGAAUGAGAACCCAUCACCUGAUCAGAAAAGCCCCCAAACGCCAAAGCGAACAGCAGCCGGGGAGCCCGGCCGGGGAUGUCCCCAGGAAGAGAGGAGGAAGGGCAGCCAAGCACAACCAGCCCGAGGAUUCCUGAGAGGCCAGAACGGUUUAAGUGAUUCUGCUGCAAACAACGCUCAGCUCGAAAGAGCAGCAGUCGAAAACGGACGCAAGGAGAAGGUUUUGGCCACAACAGAGGGAGGGAGAUGAUUUCUAAAAAUAAAGGUUUUCUACCUUGUU